AUGAACAUCAUUGAGCGUAUCUGGGCCAUGAACAGAAGACAUUCUUAUACGCCCCAGCUAACCAGCCCAUUUAUAAGCAGAAUGAGCAGCGGGGGGACUGUGGAAAGUGGAAAACCUCCAAAGGUUGGUUCUAUCGUGGAAGUGAUAGGAAAAGGUCAGCGAGGCACCGUCGCGUUCAUCGGAGCGACCCUCUUUGCCCCCGGGAAAUGGGUGGGCAUCAUCCUCAACGAACCCAAAGGCAAGAACGACGGCUCCGUACAGGGAAAACGCUACUUUACCUGUGAGGAAAACCAUGGGAUAUUUGUCAGACAGACUCAGAUUCAGGUGGUUGAGGACGGCUCCAGCGCAACCUCCCCUGACACUCCCGAGUCUGGCGUUUCCAAGAUCCCAAAACAAAAAGAUAUUUCGGAAACAGCCAAAGCAUCCAAACAGACACCCGUAAGCACUAAAAAGUCCUCUACCCGUCGUUCGGCCAAGGCAUCUCGUGAGAGUCUGUCUUCUGGCGAUGUGAGUGAAGUGGGACUUUCCCCUCACCAGGGGGCGCUGGGUACUCCCAUCUCUGCUCAGCUUGGUGGGUCGCUUUCAGAGGCAACAGCAGCCUCUGCUCCUGCUACUCCGAGCAAGGAGGAGGAGUCAUUGCGUGCUCAAGUCAAGGACCUCGAGGAGAAGCUGGAGACUCUAAAAAUCAAGCGUGUGGACGACAAAGCCAAACUGAAGGAGCUGGAGAAGCAUAAGAUCCAACUGGAGCAACUGCAUGAGUGGAAGACUAAGAUGCAGGAGCAGCAGGCCGACCUCCAGAAACAACUAAAAGAAGCCAAGAGGGAAGCACGUGACGCCCAGGAGGCAAAAGACCGCUACAUGGAAGAAAUGUCCGACACGGCCGACGCCAUCGAAAUGGCGACUCUGGAUAAAGAGAUGGCUGAAGAGCGAGCAGAAUCACUGCAGGUGGAGGUGGACACGUUAAAGGAGAAGGUGGAGGAGCUCUCCAUGGACCUGGAGAUCCUUAGACACGACAUUUCAGAAAAAGGCUCUGAUGGUGCUGCCUCCAAUUACCAUGUAAAACAGCUGGAGGAUCAGAACAGCAAACUGAAGGAGGCCUUGGUCAGGAUGCGGGACCUGUCUGCCUCUGAGAAACAGGAGCAUGUGAAGCUGCAGAAGCAGAUGGAGAAGAAAAACACUGAGAUGGAGACUCUCAGGACCCAGAAAGAAAAACUGCAGGAGGAGCUCAAGCUGGCCGAGGACACCGUGGAUGAACUGAAGGAGCAGGUGGAUGCUGCCCUGGGAUCGGAGGAGAUGGUUGAAACGCUUACAGAGAGGAACCUCGACUUAGAGGAGAAAGUCAGAGAGCUGAGAGAAACUGUUACCGAUCUGGAGGCCAUCAACGAAAUGAACGACGAGCUCCAGGAGAACGCCAGAGAGACUGAAAUGGAAUUGAGGGAGCAGCUGGAUUUGAGCGGAGCGAAAGUUCGCGAGGCGGACAAGCGGGUGGAGGCCGCCCAGGAAACGGUGGCUGAUUACCAGCAGACCAUUAGCAAAUACAGAGAGCUCACCAACAGACUGCAGGAGGCCAACAAAGAGCUGAUGACCCAGCAAAAUGAAAGUAGCGAACAAGUUCAACAGCCUGCCGCAGAGCUGUUUGACUUCAAGAUCAAGUUUGCAGAGACCAAGGCGUAUGCCAAGGCCAUUGAGAUGGAGCUGAGGAAAAUGGAAGUGGCUCAGCUAAACCAGGAGGUGUCCCUGCUCAAAUCCUUUAUGCCGGACUCCUUCCUCCGUCACGGCGGCGACCACGACUGCAUACUAGUGCUGCUGCUCAUCCCCAGGAUCGUUUGCAAGGCUGAGCUCAUCAGCAAACAGGCGCAGGAGAAGUUCGAUUUGAACGGGAACCUGGCUCAAGGAACGGCGCUUAAAGGACCUCCAGGAGAACAACGUAGUUUUGCCUCUGGACUUGUUUACUCCCUCAGUUUACUGCAAGCCACUUUGCACAAAUAUGAACAAGCUUUGAACGAUUGCUCAGUGGAGGUUUUCAAGCGCAUGGGGACGCUUUACUCAGAAAUGAGCUUUCAUGAGCGCUCGCUGGAUUAUUUCAUCAACCUGCUGCACAAAGACCAGCUGGAUGAGACUGUUCAGGUGGAACCGCUGACCAAGGCCAUUAAGUAUUACCAGCAACUGUACAGUGUUCAUCUCGCAGAUCAUAAAGAGGACUGCACCACACAACUGUCUGACCACAUUAAGUUUACCCAGAGCGCCCUGGAUUGUAUGGGAGUCGAGGUCGCCCGUCUGCAGGCGUUCCUCGGGACGGCCCAGCAGACCUCGACGGUGGCCGUCCUUCUGAAGGACCUGGACACGUCCUGCUCGGACAUCAAGCAGUUUUGCAAGAAGAUCCGCCGUCGAAUGCCAGGAACUGACGGUGUUGGCGCGCCGGCUGCUCUCAACUUUGGUCUCCAGGUGUCCGAGGCGCUGACAGAAUGCAGACGGCAGCUGACCCGCGUGGUGGCAGUACUCCAGGAGGUGGCGGCAGCGGGAGCGCAAAUGGUCGCGCCGCUCAACGAGCAGGAAGGACUGAACGCUCUCAAAUUGGAGGAUACUGUAUGCAAGGCUGUAGAACAGGUGUAUGGCGUUCACGGUCUAAAUGGCACCGAGUGCUUGCGUCAAUCUUGCAGUUCUAUUGUCGCUACGAUGAACAAGAUGGCCACCGCCAUGCAGGAAGGAGAGUAUGAUGCCGACAAGCCACAGGGCAAGAGUCCUCCAGUGGAAAUGCGAGCUGCCACAGUUCGAGCUGAGAUGACUGACGCUGAGGGUCUCGGAGUCAAACUGGAGGACAGAGAAACGGCCAUCAAGGAGCUGAAGAAGUCUCUCAAGAUUAAGGGAGAAGAGCUGAGUGAGGCCAAUGUGCGUCUGAGUUUGCUGGAAAAAAAACUGGACACGUCCACAAAAGAUGCAGAUGAGCGAGUGGAAAAGAUCCAGACCAAACUGGACAAAAACUUGGACUUGCUGAAGAAAAAAGAAAAGGAAUUCGAGGAGACCAUGGAUGCUUUGCAAGCUGACAUCGACCAGCUGGAGGCGGAGAAAGCGGAGCUGAAACAGCGGAUUAAUAAUCAAUCAAAGAUGACCACUGAGGGCUUGCGGGGCGUGCCGGCUUCUGGCAUGGUCUCUGCUGUUCAGGGACCUGGAGGAGGUUUAGCCUCAUCCCUAGGAGGACAAAUGCAAGUGGUGGACUCUCCCCUUCUCCGGCAGCAGAUUGAAGUUCAGAGACUGGCCAUUAAACGCCUCAAUACUGAAAACAUCCGACUUAAGGCAGAGAAGAUGAGUGCCCAACUGGCUUCGUUGCCUCCACUCUGUCCUGCUAAACUGCCCCAGCUGUCCAAAGAGAGUUCCGUGCCAUCAGAGGGUCCUAACACGGGUAUCUACCGCCGGACAGACCAGCUGCUGACAACUCUUCUCAAGAUGAGCGCUGGAGUUAAAGUAGUGGACAUCACUGGGAAGACAUCAGUCAGCGCCAGCGCCCAGCUGCUGGAGCAGACGGCUCGACUGCACAACCUCAGUGAAGCGCUAACUAAACUCAAGUGUGAAGUCACUGAACACGUGGUGUCUUCUCAACCUGGAGCAAAAGCUGCUUCCGACUUUGCAACCUUCCCAGUCACUUCUUUCGUUAAGGCAAAGGAAGAGAAGAAGGACGGGACGGUGUUUGUGGGCCGCGUGGCCAUCCCUUGUGCCCGAGGACAAGAACAAGUGCACCGCCUGGUUUUGUCGCAGCAGCAACUGCAACAAGUGCACUGCCUCCUCAUGGGCUGA